GUCAGAGCCUUCAGUGGGCGGGGCGAUGUAUUAGUGAGGGAUAGUGCUGCAUAGGCGGCCAUUGGUCAGAGCCUCCGGUGGGCGGGGUUACCAUCUGACAGGCGAUGCUGUGGGAGCCGCCCAGUGCCGACCGGCAAACAUCCCGAAUGAGCUGUGAGCCGGAGAGAGAGCUGGACCGGCAUCGUCACCAUGUGGGUGUUCGGGUACGGCUCGCUCAUCUGGAAGGUGGAUUUCCCCUACGAGGAGAAACUGGUGGGAUACAUCACGUGUUACAGCCGCAGGUUCUGGCAGGGCAGCACCGACCACCGGGGGGUCCCGGGAAAGGUGAGACCCAGAGACAGACAUUAUAUAUAUACACAGCAUGGACCACCGGGGGGUCCCGGGAAAGGUGAGACCCAGAGACAGACAUUAUAUAUAUAUACACAGCAUGGACCACCGGGGGGUCCCGGGAAAGGUGAGACCCAGAGACAGACACUAUAUAUAUACACAGCAUGGACCACCGGGGGGUCCCGGGAAAGGUGAGACCCAGAGACAGACACUAUAUAUAUAUAUAUAUACACAGCAUGGACCACCGGGGGGUCCCGGGAAAGGUGAGACCCAGAGACAGACAUAUUAUAUAUAUACACAGCAUGGACCACCGGGGGGUCCCGGGAAAGGUGAGACCCAGAGACAGACAUUAUAUAUAUAUAUAUACACAGCAUGGACCACCGGGGGGUCCCGGGAAAGGUGAGACCCAGAGACAGACAUAUUAUAUAUAUACACAGCAUGGACCACCGGGGGGUCCCGGGAAAGGUGAGACCCAGAGACAGACAUUAUAUAUAUAUACACAGCAUGGACCACCGGGGGGUCCCGGGAAAGGUGAGACCCAGAGACAGGGUCCCGGGAAAGGUGAGACCCAGAGACAGACAUAUAUAUAUAUACACAGCAUGGACCACCGGGGGGUCCGGGAAAGGUGAGACCCAGAGACAGACAUAAUAUAUAUACACAGCAUGGACCACCGGGGGGUCCCGGGAAAGGUGAGACCCAGAGACAGACAUUAUAUAUAUAUAUACACAGCAUGGACCACCGGGGGGUCCCGGGAAAGGUGAGACCCAGAGACAGACAUUAUAUAUAUAUAUACACAGCAUGGACCCACCGGGAGUCCCGGAAAGGUGAGACCCAGAGACAGACAUUAUAUAUAUACACAGCAUGGACCACCGGGGUCCCGGAAAGGUCCCGAGACCCAGAGACAGACACACACCAUACAUAUAUAUAUAUAUAUAUAUAUAUAUAUAUAUAUAUAUAUAUAUAUAUAUAUAUAUAUAUAUAUAUAUAUAUAUAUAUAUAUAUAUAUACAGAGACAGACAGACACACACACCAUAUAUAUAUAUAUAUAUACAGAGACAGACACCUACACUAUAUAUAUAUAUAUAUAUAUAUAUAUAUAUAUAUAUAUAUAUAUUCUGUCUCUGUGUAUAUAUAUGGUGUAGGUGUCUGUCUCUGUAUGUAUGUAUAUAUAUAUAUAUAUGUGGAUAGUUAAUACAAUGCUAAACAAAAAUCGGGAAAGCAGUGCAACCCAGCAGACACACAAUUUUAAUAUGCAAAAUAGGAUAAUGCACACCACUCAUGGACAGCUGUUUCGUUGUUAAUGCAACUCUUCAGCAUGAGGUUGGUUACUGGUUUGCUUAUGGAGGCUUGGUAGUGCUUGGGAAGCAAGAUCCAAAUAGAUUAUGGUGGGGAAAAAUUGUGAUUGAAAACCCCUUCCACCUGAAGUAUGUGGAUAGUUAAUACAAUGCUAAACAAAAAUCUGCACACCAGUCAAGCCAUAAGACUUGCUUUUCCCACAGAAAUCCCAAAUCAGCAGUGAUGUUACAACCGCAAAGGAUUCUGGGUGGGCAUAUGCAAAUUAGUUUAACAAAGAAUCACAUUUUUGCCUCAUUCCAUUUUAAACAUGGAUUCCUUUUAAUUUGUGUUUGCAGUAUACAACUGCUUGGAACACAAUUUAGGAUAUAUAUAUGUGUAUAUAUAUGGUGUAGGUGUCUGUCUCUGUGUGUGUAUAUAUAUAUAUAUAGAGAGGAUAAAGAGAUGCACUCUCAGGACUUGAAAAAAUAGUUAAUUUAUUCCAGCAGGUAUAACAUCAAAGUUUGCCGACGUUUCGACCCAUUCGGGUCUUUCUCAAGGUCAAUGUACCUGUGCUUACAAGCCAUUUAUAUAGGACAUAAAAAGAAGUACUCACCAAUCUGUGAAGAACCCCCUGAAUCCCUCCGUGCACACCCGGAAGUGAAACCGGAAAUAAAACCCGCGAUCACAUGAUCCAUGCAUAAUUGAUCAUGUGGUGUUGCUAAGAUACCGAUAGGAAAACAAUUAAUUAUAAGAUCGGUAAAUAUCUCAUAGAUGUGCAAGUGAAAUGUCUAAUAUCAAUCUAUUAAUGAAAUCUGAUUAAAGUGCAGAGUGCAUAAAUCCGCAAAAAUGCAGCCUAAUAUAAAAAAGUGAGCAAAGAUCAUAAGAUCAAAUAUACUGUGUAAAGUGUCACCAUAUAUCUAAAGAAGUGAUCAAAAAAAUAAAGAAUGUUAUGUUAAAAACAUUUCACCAACCAUGUCAAGAUUAGAAGGCAUUUAGCUGAAGCAAUCUAUAACAUCAGAAAACUAGCAGGCUAAAAAAGGGAAAAAAAGCCAUUAGAAUAAAGGCUCCAAAAAACCAAUAAGGAUCGCAAAUAUACUUAGAGAAAAAGGAAACCAUAUGAUUAUUCAAAGAACAUUAUUAUUAAAGAAACAUAGAGAGCACAAUGUUUUCGUUGAGUCCUUUUGGUGUCACUGUGUCCAGCCGAUGGAUCCAUUGUGCCUCACGUUGAAGUAGUUUCUUUGAUCUGUCACCCCCUCUGGACAUUGGGGGGACAUGAUCAAUAGCCGUGAAACGUAACAGAGGAAGUCUAUGUUGCAUAUGUAGGAAAUGUUUAGCGACUGGCUUAUCGCUAUAUUGAUCUCUAAAUGCUGUUGUUAUGGUCGACCGAUGUCCCCUUAUGCGGUCUCUCAACGUCAAGUCGGUUUUGCCAACGUACGAAAGUCCGCAGGGACAUGUGAUCAUGUAUAUCACAUGGUCAGUGGUACAAGUGAUUAUAUAUAAUACACAGAGACAGACACACACACACCAUAUAUACACAGAGACAGACACACACACUAUAUAUAUAUAUAUAUAUAUAUAUAUAUAUAUAUAUAUAUAUAUAUAUAUAUAUAUAUAUAUAUAUAUAUAUAUAUACAUACACACAUACACACACGUUGAAGAUAGGAGUGAUCCCAGGGGCACCUGACCAGCAGUCUGCUCGGGUCAAACAAUUGACCCUGAGACAGACAUUAUAUAUAAUAUAUACACAGCAUGGACGACCGGGGGUCCCGGGAAAGGUGAGAGACAGAGACAGACUAUAUAUAUAUAUAUAUACACAGCAUGGACCACCGGGGGGUCCCGGGAAAGGUGAGACCCAGAGACAGACACACACUGUGUGUAUAUAUAUACACAGAGACACACACACCAUAUAUAUAUAUAUAUAUAUGCACAGAGACAGACACACACCACAUAUAUACACAGACAGACACACACUAUAUAUAUAUAUAUAUAUAUAUACACAUACACAUACACAUACACAGAGACAGACACACACACACACUAUAUAUAUAUACAUACACACACACACACACAGAGACAGACAGGUUGAAGAUAGGAGUGAUCCCAGGGGCACCUGACCAGCAGUCUGCUCGGGUCAAACAAUUGACCCUGAUGAUGUCAUAGACGUGCGCCUCCCGGGGUUGUUCCCAUAGCAACCCAGUAUAACCAACAAAAUAAUACAUAUACAUAUAACUAAAAACAUAGCCUGCAUAAAUUAUAAAUGUUGAAGAAAGACCUAUACACCCCAUCAGGGACCAUUUAGAUACAGAGAAAAUCCAUGGAGAACACGUUAGAGAUAGACAGCAGGCAGAACUAAUCGAAAAGCGAUCAAACUGCAAUUAGCCUGUAGCAACCUAUUAACAAGAUAUAAAUACACAAACGGUACCACCUAAGGAAUAGAUAAUGCAUAAAGAAAACAUGUAACUUAUGCUACAAAUACAAAAUAAAAUGCAGGCAUGAGCAAUCAAACCAGCAAAGAUUCCAAUCUAACUACAGGGAGCAAAGUACCAACAAAUAGCAAUUGAAAGCAUAAUUGUACCAAGAGUAAUGUAUCACUUUGAAUCCUUAGAGAGCAUUAUACAGGUAAAAAGAGUAGUAAAGGAUAUAUGUCAGAACUUCUUAGUCAAAAAAAGGGAGAAAACAUGAAAAGACGAUGCCAGAUAAAGGGUGAUUAAAUAUCCACCAACUAAACCUAUGGGGAAAAGAUCGUUAUGCACAAUAACAAGAAGAUACAAGUAUAGCCACUAAGUAGAGCUGCAGUGAUCUCAAGAGAAGAGGGUACCAAGAAUGACUGGUGUACUCCCAGUCUAGUCCAACAUGAACACAUAAAUAAAUACAUAUAUAACUCAAACAUUCAAGCAGCAGAGCAAAGAACCAAUGCAUCCCUGAAUCUAUAUAGACCGGCAUACAUCACAUAAUAUAUACAGAAUACAAAAUAAUACAGGCGAGGGACAUAACGCAAAGGUCCUCAACAAAAUCACAUUGUUAUAGACAUAUAUAGUAAUAAACCUAUUAGCACUGGGUGGAAUGGGUAAUUGAGACGCCUAUCCCCCAGGGUGGGCUGUCUCUUAACCCUAAACCCGUCCGCCAUCAGACAGAUAACAUGAAUCAUCCUAAAGAAUUUUAUAUUUUUUUUUAGUAAGGAGCACAAAAUGCAUUAGAGUCAUAGGCUGAAAUUAAGAAUGGCUGAAGUGCCUAUCCCCCAGGGUGGGCUACCUCCAAGCCCUUAAUAGUCGCCAACAACUUGCUAAAUAAGUGAAUAGCAAAGCGGUAUAAUGGGAAGGAUAUUAGAGAUGCCUAUGCCCCUGGGUGGGCUUUCUCGUUCCCCUAUCAACCAAACCACGAUACCAAUAUUUACAAAAAUACUGCCAAUGAGUAUUUUUCAUUCAAACCAAAUGGCUGAACGGUGUGUAGAGUCCUAAUCCAGUAAAGUUCACGCUGCAAUAACAGCUUACUGCGGUCUCCACCUCUGCGCAAAGGAUGAACAUGGUCUAUGGCCAUCAGUUUCAGGGUGGGCAACGAGUGUCCCUUCUCAAGAAAAUGUUUUGCCACGGGUUGCCCAGAUUUGUUGUCCGUAUACUGGAUCUGUGGUUACGGACUCGUUCACGUAAGGGUAAAUCUGUUUUGCCCACAUGGGCAAGUAAGUUUGUAUAUUACAAAAUCCGAUGUACAUGUUAAGCGGUGUAGGGUUUCCCAGAAUGAGGGUGUGUGGAUGUUUUACCUGACAGCAUAUGUUCACAGGUCACACAACCUAAGCAACGGUAGCAUCCAUAAUUAAUCUUGCUAGAUGGAGGUUGAUAGCAAUGAAUGGAGUCAGUGCAUACCAGGAGAUCCCUUAGAUUUUUAUUUCUUUUGUAGCAUGUCAUGGGGGGAUUUUUGAACUCGGCUGGUAAUGACGGGUUGUUGGUUAAAACAAUCCAAUUCUACUUAAUAGUGUUAUUAAACUCCAUCGAUGCCGAGGUGUACGUAGUCGGGAAUACUGUACGAGGGGCAUGUGUUAUUUCUUUAACAGCCAAAUCUUCACUUUGGUAUUUCAGUAACGCACGUUGAAGCGUGCUAUCCUUAUACCCUCUCAUCUUGAACUUGUGCCAUAUAGCUGAAAUUUGAAUAUGUGCCUUCUUAAGAUCAGAAUUAUUUCGAAAAACUCUCAAAAAUUGGGAGUAUGGUAGGGAUUCCUUUUAAGGCAGACGGGUGAAAACUGGUUGCAUGCAGCAAUGUGUUGCAGUCUGUUGUUUUUGUAAACAAUGGAUGUGCCAAUUUGUCCCCUUCACGGUAAACUCGGACAUCCAGAAAAUCGACCUGAUCGGUACUGAUUGCUGAAGUCAGCUCAAUGUUAGACGCUCUAUUGAUGGACCGAAUCAUUUGUUCUACAGCUGUAGUACUGCCCUUAACAAUCAUAAAGAUGUCAUCGAUGUAGUGUGUGUAUGCUACAAUCUGUUCUUUAAAGGGCUGUAGAAUAUGUAAGCUCUCAAACUGAUGCAUGUAUCCAUUUGCAUACAUGGGUGCCAUCGCCGCACCCAUGGAAGUACCUGCAAUCUGGCAGUACCAUGUAGUUUCAAACCUAAAGUAGUUCUGAGACAGGACUAUCUCCGAGUUCCAGUACAAACUCCACAGGUGGUCCAGUAUAGUAGGGAGACUGAGAUAGAAGUGCUCUCAUAGCUUAUAUACUGUCUUGGUGUGGAAUUACGGUAUAUAAGCUCCUUACAUCACAUGUUACCAACACUACAGGUACUGUCGGAAGUGUUAGAGUGGUUAGAAGACUGAGGAAGGUAGGAGUGUCUUUCAGGACUGUAUCUAGGUUCUCAAUAGUGUCUUUGAAGAGGAAAUCCAGCCAUUUUGCAACAGGCUCAAGAAUCCCCCCAAUGGCUGAAACAAUUUUGCGGCCUGGUGGUCUGGUACUAUCCUUGUGAAUUUUGGGGAGAGUGUACAUGAUCGGUGUCUUUGGUUUAUCUUGGAGUAAAUAUUGAUAUAGGUGCAUAUCAAUGUAAUUACUUCUGAGGCCCCUCUGGAAGGCAUCCAUGAUUUGCUGGUGAACAUUCCCAGUGGGAUCACCAGGUAAUGACAGAUAGGUAUUGGUAUCCGACAACUGCUGGAGGAUUUCUGACUGAUAGUGUGAAUAGUUCUGCAGGACUAUUCCUCCCCCUUUGUCUGCUGGUCCUAUAACAAUGUUAUUGUCUGUUGAGAGAGCUUUGAUGAUGUCUUUUUUGGAGCAGUUGGAGUGAUGACAAUGUUUCUCCUGAAGAAAAUCGGAAGAUUCUUUUUGUACCACACGUAAAAGGGCCUUGAUCCCAGGUUGAUUAUGAAGUGGGUCAAAUGUACUCUUUUUUUUUUUUCUUAAAGAUAGGGCUUGUCAGUGGAGUCUCACACAUUGAUUCCUUAAAGAAAUCUUUCAGGCGCAGUGUUCUGCCAAACUUAUAAAGUUCCACCUCCCACUUCAAUGGAUCUGGCCGUGUAGUGGGGACAAAUGACAGUCCUUUAGACAGCAACAGGAGUUCGUCAGGGAGGAGGGUUCUAGAUGAUAAAUUGAAGACUGGAAUUAUCUUCUCAUCCAAGGUGGCAUUUCUCUUGCCCCACCAUGUGCGUCCCCUCUGUCCUCGUCUUGUGAUGUACCUGUGUCUGUGUUGCCUGCUCUGCUCUGGUACCUCGUAAUUAUCCCCUGACGUUCUGUUGGACGGGACUCUAAAAAAGCUACCCUUGUAUCUUGGUUAGGCUUACGUUGAAUGGAUGGAUUAGCAGUAUCUGAUUCGGAGUUGGAUUCGUCUGAGGAUUUGUCAAUGGUAAAUUGUCUGGGUUUGCGGACCGGUCUCCGGCGUCUCGCAAACCUCGGGUUAUCACUAUGGCCACUAAGCCACCUAUACACCCGAUGUUCCUUGUAGUCAGCUGAGACAACAGCUUGUUUCUCUCUCUUAAACCUGAUUAGAUCUGUCUUGUAGGUUUUAACAUUAUCCUCCAAUUUCAAUAGAGUGGUCGCUGCCUCUGUGGAGGAUAGGAUAAGUGCUUCCUGUGUUUGUAAUUCCGCUAUUUUACAUCUUACUUGUGUCAAUUCUUCCUUUACAUCUUCAAUGAUAAUUAACAUAAGAUCGAGGGAACAUCUAUUCAAAACCCAGAUCCAUUUUUUGCAUGUCAAAGGUUUAAGUCUACCUAUAGUAGGGACAUUACUGACUCGAAACCCCCUAGGUAUUUGAAGUUUCCGAUAAUAAUCCGAGAGAAAAAGACCAUGAAGGUCCAGAUCCGUCUCUUGCUUUCUUAAAUGCAAAAGUUGGAAAUAAAUAUCCUUCAAGGAGGUAGUAUUAGGGAGAUCAGUAGUAGAGGAAGUCCAACGAGUCCUCUCAGCAUCUCCUUCACUAUAUUGGAGGAUCUCUGCUUGUUCAGAUAGCCCCCCGGCCAGGGUGAAAAAGUUUUCCAUAAAAACAAGUAAGUAUGAUACUAGAUGAAGGUAUGGUACUCCGAUGAAAACAGGUUAUUGCAGCAGAAGUGCAAGCCAAUAUAUAUAUGGGAGUCUAGCCAACUCCUUGGUUUUGCACCCCUCCCUGUCAGAGGUGCCUCAUUCCAGGGCCCUAUUUAGCCUUGUACUGCAGAGAGCCCCAGAUGGAAUUUUUUUCCCCAAGUAAGUGGGUUAAUCUCAUAAGAGCAGACAUUAGGCUUUUAGUGUAGGACCUGCCAAAGAUGGGGUACAUUGACGUUGUGGCAGGCUUAUGCAAUGUAUGAUCAUAUAAUGUAACUAAACCCCCAUUAUUUUUUCCUAGAUUAGGUUUUAAAAAAAAAAAUAAAAUAAAAAAAAUCUUUCAACAUUGAAGUUGCUGUUUAGUGGAUAGGUGAGUGUGCUGGAUCUUGUGAUACACACACACACACACCACACCCCCCGGGGGGUCCUGGGAAAGGUGAGACCCAGACAGACAAAAUAAAUAUAUAUAGUGUGUGUAAGGGGCAAUUUAGCAGUAUGUGGAGUAGGUUCAAGUGAGAACGUAAGAUAGAAUAAUCGAGCAAAGUCGGUUGUGGUGUGCUGAUACCGACGAUACGGUAGGCUCUGAAAAUAAAGAGGGCAAAAAUUGAAUAACCGAAGAUUUAAUACAGUCAACAAUUAUAUACAAUUAUCCAGACAUUUCUUUAAAAGCAUUUCUUAAUUCUUGUGUAGGUUUUGGUAUGUAGGUUGUGUAAGCGGAUGACUUCCACCGCCCUAAUGAUUUAAUGAUAUGCACCGGUAUGUUUGCGCUGGAAGCUGUGGAAGCCGCCCCUAUACGGAAGGAGUGAGCUGAGUAGAGUGAAGGGUUAAGACUUAGCAUGGUUAACAGAGAUCUGAUGUAUCGCAUGAAAGUCAUAGUAGUGAGUACAGAGCCUUUGAGUGAAAAUAGGUGUAGCAAUGGUGUUGAUGGGGUAAGUGAAAGGUAGGAAUCCAGCGCUGCUACUGGACACCAUUUGUUGUGUGUAGGAAAAUAAGUGAUCUCUACAGGAGGUCCGUGUUGGCUUGUUUUUGACUGAGGUAGAGACAGUAUGUAGUGAUCCAUGUGUUUGCGUAGGUGUGUGCGUAGAAGACAUCUGUCUUUUUGAGUGGUGGUGAUAGUAGUGAAUUCCCUUGGCCUGAGGAACCCGUAGAAUGCUAUGUACAUGGCAGCUUUGAUGACUGUGUUGGUAGUAGAGUGGAAAGGUUUGGAGUCUAAUAGGUCGGAUAAUGACUGGAAAAGUGUGUUAUCUAUAGGUAAUCUCUGUGGAAGAAGUGGAGGAAUGGAUUUCUGAAUACCUCUAAGUAUAUUCUUUACCUAAUAAGAUGAUGUGAAACUAUGUGUAUUGAGUUGUAGAGUUAGCAUAUGAUGUUGAAUGCCUGUCAGAUAUAAUUUGAUUGUGUUGUAAGAUAAGUGUAAUGUAAGGUGGCAAAAAGAAGCGAAGGCUAUAAUAGAUGUCAUGACGAAAGGAUGAGUUAUAUCGUGGUCUGAUAGGAAUCUUGUGAAAAGUGUGAAGGUUCUGUUGUAUGUUUUGGGAGUGUUGGAUGAUAGUGCUAGUUUGGACAGAACCCUACUAUGUUGCAUGAUUAGUUCUACUCCAUGGUUAGCUGCUGGAACGGAGGGGCGGCUGUGGCUGUAAGUGCUGCUGACGGGAGUGCUUGCUGAAAGUUGAAACAAGACAGACUGUCAUCUGCUAUGUUAGUAAAGCCUGGUAUAUAAAAGCAGACCAAGUCAAAAUUGUGACCUGCUGCUAACCACGUGAGCUUCCUGAGAAAUCUCAUAUUUGUUAGGGAUGAUGAACGGCUUUUGUUAAUGAUGUGACAUGUUGCUUGGUUGUCUGUGUGGCAACGGACUGACAAGCCUGACCAUAAAUGUCCCCACGCCACGGCAGCUGCUACAAUGGGAUAAAUCUCAAAAAGAGCUGAGGUUGUAAAAAAGCCUUCUAAGUCAUAGACUUCUUCAGGCCACUUACCUCAAAGCCAUUUGUUCCCAAAGAUUGCUGUGAAACCUGUGGUAGACGCCGCGUCUGACCAUAUUGUUGGAGACUUGUCAGUCAACUCUGGUAGGAACAUGCUUUUACCAUUCCAGGUGGUCAAGAAUUCUUUCCACAUAUAUAGGUCUGCCGUGGCAUGAGCAUCCAAGGAUAGUCUAUAGUUGUCGUGUUUGAAAUGUGGAAAAAGACAGAGAAGUCUGGAUAUGAAAGCCCGCCCUUGAGGAAUGAUGCGCAUGGCAAAGUUCAAAGAACCUAUGAGGGAUUGGAGUUCCUUGCGGUUGCACUUACCCAGCAAAAUGUAAUGGUUAAUGCUGUUAAGUAUGUUUGUGAUUUUCUCUUGUGGUAAACUAGCUUGCAUGGAGGCAGUCUAGUUGUAUACCUAGAAAUGUAAUAAUUGUAUCUGGACGUUCGGUUUUCUUGUUGGAUACCGGGACUCCAAGGUGGUCAAACAGACUAAUGGUUGCUUUGAGACUCCUGGGGGGAAAGGAGUUUGCUUCAAUCAGUAAGAAAUCAUCCAGAUAAUGGAGGACUAUGGGGCAUCUAGACACAUUAAGUAACAACCAGGAAAGUGUUUCAGCAAAAGUGUCGAAGAUUUUGGGGCUACUUUUUGACCAAAAGGUUAAGCGGGAGAAAAAGUAAUAGUUAUCUGCCCAUUUGAUGCCAUGUAAGUGCCAUAGUGUGGGAUGGAUAGGUAGUAGUUUAAAGGCAUUGGUAAUGUCUGUCUUACUUAGCCAUGCUCCGAUCCCUGCUUGCAUAAUGGCUGUAAUAGCAUGGUCUAUAGUGGCAUAUUGUAGGGAAAUAUCUUCGGAGGGAAUAAGAGAGUUCAGACUCUGGGUAGAUGAGGUAUGAGGGAUCGACCGAUCUAUGAUGAGUCUUUGCUUGAGGGAAGUUUUCCCUGUGACUAUCCCUAUGGGAUUUGUGCGCCAUGCCGUAAAAGGUGGGAUUUUGAAAGGCCCGAACAAGAACCCCUCUGCCAUCUCUUGGCUAAGAGUGUGUCUAUGGCUGUUGGGUUUUGUUGUGCUGAUUGUAAAUUAGGACACUCGAGUUGGCCUGUGGGCAUAUGUAUAAUGCUUGUAUGAAACCCCUCUGAGAAACCAGAUAUGAGAAAAUUUACCAUAUGUCUGGAAGGGUGAUUGGUUAGUAGUGCUGAGAAGACAUGAAUGUUAACAGAGGUUAGAUACGGUUUAGGGUACAUUUUAUUUGGACACAUGGUAUGUGCAUGUGCCCUGAAACAAUGUGAACAAAUAUGCAAUAACCUGCAUGCACUAAAGCUACAUGUGCCUACAUUGAAAUUAUUGCACACUUGUGAUUUUACCAAAGAAAAUGAUGGGACGACCCAGUUUGUCUCUGGUGGUUCUCUCAGUUCUACCCCCGUAGCUUGUGCUAGAUGACUGAUUACGGUCGUCUGCCGUAUGAGAACAAAACUUGGUAGUGUGAGUGGUAGAAGAGCAGGAUGUACAAGCCGGUGUUUUGAGACCUGUGAAGAGUCUACAAAAUAGCUCUGUAUCUAGUCUGCUCCAGUUGAUACAGGUACCAUACCGAGAGAGAGCUCCAGACACCUUAGUGGAAAAAUACCUAUGGUGGUCCUAAAAAGCAGAUCCACCAUAUUUGUUCCCCAGGUCCACCAGCUUGUGCAUAUAGCGAUCAAAUUCUUCACUUCUAUUAGGGUACACUUCACAAAUUACAUCUCUAAAAAUACCAAAGGCUAACACAAAUUCUGGAAUGGUCAGUUUACGGUUUAACCUUGCGUCUUUGGAUUUGACCACUACAGAAACUUCAUCGUACAUAUAGGUUUUGUUCUCUACCACAUCCUGGGAGGCAAUUAGUAGGGAUGCAAGGUUGACGUCUUUGCCUUCCAGAAUGUCCCUCUUAAUGUGGGCUGGGAUAGUGUAUGCAGGAUCAAUGUCCUGAUAAUCUGAGGAGAUAACCAUGCCCGUGGUUUGGUUGGUGCCUGUUGAGCAGUAUCAGGUCAUGAGUGAGGCCAGCAUAGCCUGGAUAUCACCUGAAUUGGUGUUGCUGGGGCCUUCCCCUGCUUCCGUGUUGUCGAUUGUAGUGUUAAGGAGUUUGAAUAGUUCCGCUUUCCUUGCUGUGGCAGGGUAGGGGAUUUGUCGCCUCUUUAACUCUGUGGUGAUACGUGGGAUCGUCCAGGAUCUGAUUGAUGCCGGACUGGCAAUGUCUCCUCUACGAGAGGGUGUCUCGACCCUAGUUGGGGUGCCAUGAAGAGAUAGCUCUUCAUCAUCUUCAAGAGACAUACUUAAAUAAAAUGAAAGAUAGACUUAUUAUUUGAACUUAUUAGUUUAGUACUGGCUACUAGCUAUGCCGUGAGGCGAAACCAUUAUGCUUAUUGUUUUUUGGUGACAGGUGAGGCUCUAUCUAUGGUUUGCGCAAGGGGAUUGUUGUGGCAGGAUGUCGGCCUCUCGGUGACUGUAACCAGAAAAUAGGAAAGGGAGUGACAGGUGAGGCCCUCUCUGAUACGUGCGAGGCGGCUAGCUCACGUGUGGCCGUAGGGGUGUUUGCUUCCGAGUUUGAAGUGGGGUGUUGGCCUUGCGGGACCACUAAUCCUAAGCAUAAAUGCAGAGAAAGGAGGAAUUAACUAUUGGCCCCUAUGACCCUAAUUGCCAGUACUUGUCUGUUCUGUGGGGGAUUUUGAAUAGGUCUACUGUAAGCAGGUGGACGUACCUGGUAGUAUAGGUUAUUGAAACCUGGUAAUCCGUAUAGGUUAUAGUAGUACCUGUAACUAAAUAGAUGAACCGUAUGAAAAAAUAUAUACAAGUGACACAAUUAUAUUAUCUUUAAUUAUGUUCGUAUUGACCUGUAUAGGUCAGGAGAUGGUGUUUGUAAGAUCUCCUUAAUUCUGUAUGUCGCCUUGUAGUUGGUAGGCAAAUGUAGUAGUAAAGGCAAAUGUAGUAAAAUGUAUAUAAAAAAAGUAUGAUAUAUCUGUGCGAUUAUGUAUGGUGGUCAGGAAAGUAAUGUGAUAUUACAAUAAUGGCAAUAGCCUUGCUGACCUGAAGGUGGCAGUGUGGAAUCUUUAACCAUGUGAAUACCCAUAUGUGUAACUGGGACCUAUUUGUUAACCCAUUCGUGAGUGUAGUUCCCAAAAUGUAACACUAAGCAAUAACCUCCCUUUGAGUCCUGCAAGUAUUAUACACAUACAUGAAUUCUUUAUUCCCAACACCUGUCCGUUCGUGCGUUUAACCGCACGAACUGGACAACAUAAGUCUAGCAGGGUUUGUCAUGCAAUGGCCGAACGGCUGCCCGGUCGGCAGUGCUAGUUAUAGAUGUGAAUAUUGUUUGUGCGAUGUGAAACGCCCGAAAAGGAAGUGACAGGAGAAUCAGUAGCAUUAAGUGUAUAGCGUGUUCGUGCGUUUGACCGCACGAACAUAGACAUGUAUGCGAAACUGCUUAAGCGAGUAAAUGAAUGGGAGAAAUAUGCAGCACAUCAUAUUAAGUACCGAACGUGUAACGAAAAUGCCGUGUAAGCGAACAGCUGAACCAGGACGGAUACAGUAUACAGAUUUGAAGAGCAGAAAUAGCCGAACGCGUACAGUAAGUGAGGACCUGAACCGUAUUUGAUGCCGUGGGCCUUGUUGCCUAGCGUAACGGUUAGGUCUACUUACUGUUUGAUAGUCACUAGGACGCGAUCCGCGGCAAUAGUAGGCAAGAAGCUGAUCCAAAAGAAAUCUGCAGAAGGAUUCCUGGACACAGUUCAGCGAUGGAAAACCUCGUGGGACACAGAAGUAUUCCAAAAUGGCGACUGGAUGAACCGGAAGUGUAUUCAGGCGCUGACCUUGAACGGUGUGGAGUCAGGUAAGGGUUGUACCUUAUAUAGGGGAGUGAAUUAAUUUAAGACCCUCCCACGUGUGUGUGUGUGUACCCACCCCCCCCCCAUGGACCACCGGGGGGAACUGGGAAAGGUGAGACCCAGACAGACACACACAAUAAAAAUAUAUAUAUUCUAUCAUGGACCACCGGGGGUACUGGGAAAGGUGAAACCUACAGACAGACAGACAGAUAGAUAGAUAUAUUACUUUAAUUCACCCCCUAUAGCUCCCUCAGCCAAUAUACUGUAAUUCAUCCCCAUCUUUAUGUGAUGAGUCAUGUGGGAGAGUUGACCAAAAGGUAAGGUGUUUUACAACAGUUGAAAGAGGUCAACCACCAUGUUUUAUAAUUGACCGGAAUAUUAAAAUCUGAAUAUCUCAUACAGUGACAACUAAAAUGGUCUUUUUGUUGUUGUUGUUGCAGGGCUUAAAAUGUGAAGUCAUCUGCUACUAGUCAGGCAUUAAAAGUUACUAGUCAAUGAAAGACAAUUACCAGGGAUAACUUUUUACUGUCAAUAUAAACCGGCCAUUUUAUUUUUUGUACCAAAAUAGCCAUGUCGGGUACACAGUGCACAACUGUCUUUAACGGUAACAGAAAAGACAUCCCUUUAUAGCUUACUGUGUAUCCAGGUUUGGAGUCUAUAGUAACAUGUGCAGGGCAGACAAAAGCAUCGCAUCCAACAGUCGGAAUAGACAAAGUUCAGUGUGUGCAUUGCUAUACAUUCUACUAGCCCCUCUCGCCCCCAAAAAACAACAACAAAACAAGCCAUCAACCUAACUAUACUGUAAUGCAACUUCAAAGAGAAAACUACCAUUAAAAAAAAAAACAUUUUAGAUGUUGUUGCAUUUAGUAACAUAUGCUAACUUGCAGUAUUUCCAUGUGCAUGUAAUAGUAAAAUAUAAUCUUUUUGGCACGAUUUAAAGGAAGACUAAAGUUAAAUCCAAAGGCCACUACUGCAUACGAAUUCUUCUUGACCUCUCUGAAGAAGGAGAGCAUGAUCAACUGGCAGCAAACUCUUCAAUCACUCGGACUCUGUCCUCUCAUCUCUUGGCAAACUUAUCUCAUUUGGAUUCCACUACCACCUGUACACUGAUGACACCCAGAUAUAUCUCCCCUGCCGUCCUGCAACGUAUCACUGCUUGCCUUUAAUCCAUCUCUGACUGGAUGUCCUCACGCUUUCUGAAACUCAAUCUCUCUAAAACUGAGCUCUUUGUAUUUCCUCCUCCUAAUACUGAUCCUCCUCUUUCACUCUCCCUUCAAAUUAGUGGUAUCCACAUAAGUCCAUUUUUGCAAGCGUGCUGUCUUGGCAUUUUACUUAAUUCUGGCCUCACCUUUGAGCCUCACAUGCAGUAUGUUGCCAAAUCCUGUAGAUUCCAUCUUAAAAACAUACCCCGCAUUCGCACCUUUCUAACGCAAGAUGCUACCAAGGAGCUUGUCCAUGCUCUAGUAAUUUCCUGCAUGGAUUAUUGUAACCCUCUCCUAAUUGGUCUUCCCAAAAGCCGUAUUGCCCCCCUACAGUCUGUAAUGAAUGCUGCCAUCAGACUAAUUUUCCUCUCUAGUCGGUCCUCUCACACCUCACCCCUCUGUCUUACAUUGGCUUCCUGGAUCCUAUAGGAGUCAAUUCAAAGUGCUCACCCAUACCUAUAAUGCACCGAACAAUUCUAGCCCCUCAUAUCUCUUCACAGAUCCAUAGCUAUACCCCUUCUUGAUCUGCCCGCGUCCUUCUCCUGUCCGCUGCUCGCACCCAUACGGUCAACUCAUGCUUGCAGGACUUCUCGCGGGUGGUUCCCUUCCUAUCGCCUACCGCCAUCAGAUCCCUCUUCAACCUGUCGUUCCUGUAAUUAACCUAUUUCUAGGUAAAUUCCCCUAUCAUAAUAUUGUAAAGCGCUACAGAAUCUGUUGGCGCUAUAUAAAUGGCAAUAAAAAUAAUUAAAAAAAUUAAAGCCCAAUGAGGAAGCGCCCUUAAUGACACUUACAUUAGGCAAAAUAUAAACAUUUCUGUUAUACAGAAACAGCAAAUAGUUUUACACUGCUAGAUAAAAGAAGCAGCAUCUCUGCACUAAAACAGCAUGUUUGCAUCUGGAGGGUUAAAACCUGGGGGACCUGGCACCCAGACCACUUCAUUGAGCUGAAGUGGUCUGGGGGACCUGGCACCCAGACCACUUCAUUGAGCUGAAGUGGUCUGGGGGACUAUAGUGUCCCUUUAAAAAUAUUUCUAAUCUUGACGUGUUCAUUUAUUGGAGUAUAAUAUACCGAUAGACUUUUCUACAUAGUUCCACUCUGUAUCUGGGAGAUCAUCAAUACUGAUCAUGUCUAGGCCAGUCCAAUGCUUCUCAUAGAAAUGCACUGGCAAUAUAAGUUGGAUGCAUGACAAUUGCCAUGCUCCGCCACUGAAUCUAGUUUCUAUAAAAAGUGAUCACUACUUCUUUGAACUUGUGCUCGAAGCAAAUGAGCAUGAAACUUUCCCGGCUCUCAGAUAGCUGAGAGGGUGCAACGGUUUGUUUUCCUGGCACUGGAGAGUCCCUUUAAAUAUGGGUACUUUUAAUGCUUUGAGUUUUUAUUAGAUUUAGUACAUUACCACUUUCUCCCAAUGUAUUACUCCCAGCAACAGUACCUCUACAGUCCAUUGUAUUGGCAAAGGUGCAAUAAGUACUCUAUCACCCCUUCACCGAAGGUCACAAACAUUUUCCUCUUACCUGACUAUGACCUGGUGCAGAGUCUCCGUCAAUGCCAGUUAAACAGCAUCUGGCUUCUGACGAUCCCAUCAUUCAUUCAUUGGCUGUAAGUGUCAGCUGCGCACUCUCGGCCAGUGAAUGAGUUUGUGCAAGAUAUGUGCAGAGAACUGACAUUAACCAGACGACCUCUCUCGUUCGGACUGGUUUAUGACUCUGCAAGAGAUGAAGUUACCUCUGGCAACAACAUUAGAUAUCCCAGUGUGAGCAGCGUUUUGUAGUGAAAACUUCACAUACAGAGACCAUGCACCAGGAUUAAUUCAAAUCACUGAAGUGGUUGUGGUGAACCGUCACCUCUUAACGUUAAGGAAUAUAAGUUCUUUGCCUCCGUAAACACUGUUAAAGAGUUUGUGAGGAUAAAGAGCGCAGUUUAAAACAGGCUUACCUCCAUAGCACUCACAAUGCAGGUCCUGUCCUCUUUUCUGGGUUCAUUCCACAAUACUCUGUGGGUGCACAUUCUUAUAAAGUGUCAUAUGAGCAGCAACAUGAGGGUCAAAUAAAUAUAUUAUAUUAUAUUAUACUCUUGUUGUGCUAGGUCAGCCUUAUAAAUAUAUAUAUUAUUUAACUCUUCAUAGCUAACAUUUUUAGUUCAACCAUGGUGACAGUUUAAUAGACAAAAAUGCAAAUGGGUUUGUCCUAACCCGGAGUCCUUAAAUACUUCUAAGAUGGUUUCUAUAUAUAGCCCUGUCAAGAAACCCUGAGAAUCUCUGCCACUGUAUGUGAUGGCUGACCGGAAUUAGGGGGGGGGGGAAAGCAAUUACAAAUGUGUGUUUCUAUGUGUAUAUUUAUAGUCCGUGUGUGAUUGGCAAGCUGUGUGUGUGUGUGUGUGUGUGUGUGGCGCUAGUUAGGCGUGAGGAUGAUUAGGUGAGUAUGCCUAGCUUGCAUCACAGUCAUUGAUCAAGUAUGUUUGAUGUGUUACUUACUAAUUCUGUGUGACUUUUAAGGUGUACACAAUUGUUACUUAUGUUCCUUUUUAUUAAUGAACAUUUUAUUUUUGCCUCUAUCAUUGGUAAGAACUUGUCAACCCUCUAUUAAACUACAUGAAGAAUUAUUUGCUGAGCAGUGACAGGUUUUAUUCACAGUGAAUUCCAGACAAUUCUCAUCUUAAAAGGAUACUAUAGUGCCAGAAAUACAAAGCUGUAUUCCUCGCACUAUCGCUCCCCCUCACUCGCACCUCCUUUAUUUACUUUAUCCCAGCACCAAUGCCCCUCUGCGCUGGUCGGUGCUCCGACACCUCUGACGUUGCGUGAAGAGCAGGUGAUAAUGCGCAUGUGGGGCAAAUGCCACACUUGCAUUAGACCUUCCCAUAGGAAAGCAUUGAAUCAGUACUUUCCUAAGGGAAAAAAAUGUGUCUGGAUGCGCAGCUGCAAAGCAAGGAUGUCCAGCAUUAGAUAUCAGAUCAAAGGUCCAUUACGAUGCAGGAAGCACCUCCAGUGGCUGUCUGGAGGCAGACUUCGUGCUGCAAGUGCAAAAGCAAUGAGCUGCAGGGGUCUGGGUGCCUAUAGUGUCCCUUUAAUGAGUUUAAAAUUUAAGGCCAAAGUAGCUGCCUUGAACCAUAGCUGAUUUGGAUCAUUUAUCCAGUUCAGCUAUUUUGGCCUUAAAUUUGAAUUUCACUUUGAAUUCUUGACAAUUCUCACUUUAGUGUAUAACCUUGUGAGUUUCCAAGAUGUGAAACUGCAGGACAAAAUAGAUGUUGGAUUUUUUUUUUUUUUUCUUCGCAACUUAAAUAGGUAUUUUCCAGUUUUGUACAGUGGGUCGACAUUUUCAUGUGGCAUACCAUUACUGUAAAUAGUUUCUACAAAUGCAUAUUUUUAUUUUUGCUUUGAUCAUUAGAGAACAAUGUUGAUGCUUCUAACGGGUAAAACAUUUUGCAGCUUUCACUGUGCAUUGUGUACUAAUCCACUAGCAUCUGGACUUUCAGACACACCUGGACUGUAAUCCUUAACCAGAGCAUUCAUAAAACAAAGGACUCCAAAAACGGCAAUUCAGAGACAGCAGUGUGUUUUCAUCCAAUAUCUGUUAUGUGGUUGUUCACAUGCCAUGGCUUUCUUGUUUGAAUAAACGAUUGGUAGAAUUGACGUCGUAGUGUAGGGGGUUCAGUGCCUUCAAAUUCCACUUUAAAGUUUUAUUCCAAGCACCAUGACCACUUCACUAAAUUGAAGGGAUCAUGGUGCGUGGAGGUUGUGUGUGCAGCAUUUUGCUAUAAAAAUGCUGUACACGGGUAUCACUCCAACUGUGGCCUUGUCUUUAGCCUGCUCAGCCUGGCUAAUGUCCAUGCUGUUCAUAUUUGGGUCUGAUGCCCAUACCCUUAAGGGAUCGACUGAUCAUUUUUCCAGAGUCAAUGCCUAUACAGAUUAUUAGUCACCUAACAGGUUGAUCUUAUGUACUUUUACAUUUUUGAAAAAGCAUCACCUUUUCUACACAAAUCUUGCAUUACUGACAGCAAACCCACUCCUCUCACUCGGUGAGUUCCCAGCAAGAACAGUGCUGUUACUGAUAGGAGUGGGAUUGCUGUCAAAUCACACUAUCAUUCUGACGCAGCCAAAUCCUGCUGGAAUCACUGAGAUCUUAGCAUGCACAGUGCUGUUACUGAUAGGAGUAAUAGCAGUCACAUUACUCUCUAACAGUCGGCAUUACAGUAGAUUAUGCACGAUUUCCCUCCCUUCUGCUGAAGUCUGCAUGCAGGGACUGACAAGGAGGGGUGACGUGAGGUCAUAAUGUGGUCAUUGGCUGGUGGCCUGAGUUUCUGGAUGUGGAACAUGGCGUGUGGUGACUGGGACAGUUGAGUAAGCCAUCAGUAAUAUCCAUAAAGGCCAAUAUUAUUAGACCGACCAAGGCUAAUACCGAUUUUAUUAGAAAUAUGCAUAGGGCACCCGGUGGGCCUCCUUAGUGUGUGUGGGCCCCAUGGGGGAAAAAAUAAAUAGUUGAGUGCAGUGGGGCCCACGGUGCAGCUGCUUUGGGUUCGGGGCAGCUGCCCAGUUUCCCUUGCGUUACAGAUGGCCCUGAAGCCAGUACCUUUUCAAUUACUGAUUGUAACCCCAUGCCCAUAAUUUUAUAUUUGUCUCCAACAUUCUUUCUUGUCAAAGAUUUGUGCACUAGUAAGCUUUGCAGCCAUCUCUAUAUUUUGUGUAAUAAAAUACUUUUUCUUUUUUCAAAAGUUUCAGUCACUCUCUGUAUCGCUCAAGUGAUAUUAGGUCCCAUACACCCUGUUCUCAGGAUACCAUAUGGUAAUGCAAGUGGGGCAAUAAAGCAGUCAUAAUGACUUUCUGGACCAUUUCCAGCCCUACGCUUGGCUAAAAUAUUCUGAGUGUAGAUGAGGUAUGACCUUCACUUUCACAAAUUGACUAUUCUUUGAUUAAAGUGUUGGUACCCAGAGUCUGCAGCAGCAAUUUGCUCUGCCAUGGCUGUCCAUAAGAUACCUGAAGCACUUAUUUCCCAAUAUCUGUUGUCCAUAUUGUGGAGUGUGCACAUUGCACUCAAAAUAGGGAAAGUUCAACUGAUGGCAGAACACUGCACUAAACCAUGAGUGAACCUGGCUGUGCAGAAACCAACAGCAUCCAUGGUGUAGCUGUUUUUACAUCAUUUUAUGUAAUUUUUAACAAAAUGGGUCAAUUUUCAUCCAGACAAUCUUACUGCAUUUCUACGGUAUAUUAGGUGAAAUAGUGCCUUAACAAGUGGAUUUUGCAGCAAUUUAACCCCCUGUAGCUUAUGACCCCAGAUAAACCUUUUAAAUACUAUUUGAUCCAGACAAUCUCUCUGACAGAAAGUGCUGCAUUGGAGGGCACACUGCUAGUGUUUUGUAUCAGGUAUUUAGUGUGAGUAAGUUCCUGCUGUGACACUAAUGCCCCCCUGCCCCUGAAGGUGGGUUAAUGGUAGCGCUGGAUUAGUUAUGAGGAAUUGAGUAUGCUUGAAAACUCAAUGGAGCUCCAUAGAAGCGAAGUAAAAAAAAAAAAAAAACACACAAAAUUUAAAAAAAAACGCAACUUUCGCCAAUUCUACAACUAAAGGAAGUUUAAUUUUCAGCAACAGGUUCACUUUUUUAAUCUUUUUUGUGUACCCUAGCAGCUAGGUGAUGUGAGUAUCUCUCUGAUAUAAUGCAAAAUAGUGUAACAAACUCUAUAGGAAACAAUAGGUUAUAGAAGCAUCCAGCAACAUAGAGCUGUGUGUAUAUAAAAUAAAUAAAUAUAUAUAUAUAUAUAUAUAUAUAUAUAUAUAUCAUGACACAGAAGUGUAACAAUAUGUGUUUGUGAUGGUUUUUUGUUUAAAGGAUCACUAUAGAGUCAGGAACACAAACAUGUAUUCCUUACCCUAUAGUGUUAAAGGACCACUAUAGGCACCCAGACCACUUCAGCUCAAUGAAGUGGUCUGCGUGCCAGGUCCAUCUAGGAUUAACCCUGCCUGCUGUAAACCUAGCAGUUUCAGAGAAACUGCUAUGUUUACUUUAGGGUUAAUCCAGCCUCUAAUGGCUGUCUCACUGACAGCUGCUAGAGGCGCUUUCGCGCUUCUCACUGUGAUUUUUCACAUUGAGAAGACGCCAGCGUCUAUAGGAUGCUUUCCUAUGGACUGACUGAAUGCGCGCGCGGCUCUUUCCGCCCAUGCGCAUUCAGCCAAUGACAUCAGAAGAGGGAGGCUAGUCCCCAGUGCCGAGGGAGCCCGACGCUGGAGAAAGGUAAGUGUUUAACCCCCUUCAGCCAGACGGGAGUGGGGGCACCCUCAGGGCACUAAAGUGCCAGGAAAAAAGUUUAUUUUCCUGGCACUAUAGUGGUCCUUUAACACCACCAUCUGGUCCCCCCCUGUGCUCCUCAUGCCUCCAUAAAUAUAGCAAAAUCUUACUGUAUUCAAGACUGAUGCUGUAGCUCUGCAUGCUGUUUGCCUCAGAAAAACCUGCUGACAUCAUCAGAAGUGGUAGCUUGAUCCAAUCACAAUGCUUCCCCAUAGGAUUGGCUGAGACUGACAAGGAAGCAGAUCAGGGGCAGAGCGAGCAUGAUUCAAACACAGCCCUGGCCAAUCAGCAUCUCCUCAUAGAGAUGAAUUGAAUCAAUGUAUCUCUAUGAGGAAAGUUCAGUGUCUGCAAGCAGAGGGUGGAGACAUUGAAUGUUUGGAUGCAUUUUAGGCAGCCAUGACCCAGGAAGGAUCUCUAACCGCUAUCUGAGGAGUGGCCAGUUAAGUUAUCACUAGGCUGUAAUGUAAACACUGCAUUGUGUGUCUGAAAAGACAGUGUUUACAGCAAAAAGCCUGAAGGUAAUGAUUCUACUCACCAGAACAAAUUCAAUAAGCUGUAGUUGUUUUGGUGACUAUAUUGUCAUUUUAAUCCCAUUUAAACACCUUUUAAUUUUAUUAAAUCUGAAAUUUUAUUAAUUAUGUACAAAUUUACCUUGUUUAAUCCCUUAAGGACACAUGACAUGUGUGACAUGUCAUGAUUCCCUUUUAUUCCAGAAGUUUGGUCCUUAAGGGGUUAAAGGGGAACUGUAAUUUCUCAGAAUUUACAGCAUUGAAUAAAAUGUUGCAAAUCUUCUAUGACCUUCCUACCUAACCGAAAGGAAUCAUUUCCUUUUUGGUGACUUUUAUUUUAUUUCAUCUAUGACUUGUGUUAACUAUUUUUUCAUGAGAUUAAUCAUUUUUUUUUAUUAUUAUUUUAAUUUUAUGUAAAAGACUUGGCAAAUUACAUUACAAUUCUGUUCAAUCCAAUCCAGGCACAGCGCGAACACUUAUUUCAAAUGAGGAGGAAGAGAGAUAUAGAAUAUGAAGAAUAGUUUUUUUGUUUGUUUUUGUUAUUCUCAAUAUUGUGAGUGCCAGGUGGAAAAGACAGAGCAUAUAUCAAUGAGGUGCUCGUUUGUAUUAAAAAGAAGUAUGGGUUUCUAGAUUUUAUUCAUAAAGGAAAACUAAUGUCAGGAACACAAACAUGUAUUCCUGACCCUAUAGUAUUAAAAACACCAUCUUGCUCCCCUAAAUAUACCGGUAGUAAAAUCUUACUUGUAUUUCAGUCUGCUGCUGCUGCUGGCUCUGCCCUUUAUGUACCUGCUUGGCUGACAUAAUCAGAAGUGUUGCUCAAAGCCAAUCACAAGGAUUUCCCAUAGGAAAAAUUGGAUUGGCUGAGCUUGUCAAGGAGGCAGAUCAGGGGCAGAGCAAGCACAAGCCAAACACAGCCCUGGCCAAUCGGCAUCUCCUUGUAGAGAUGCAUUGACUCAAUGCAUCUCUAUGAGGAAAGUUCAAUGUCUACAUUCAGAGGAUGGACACACUGAAUGGCAGUGCUUCUCACUCUGCAGCACUGGCCCUGGAAGCACCUCUAGCAGCCAUCUGAGGAGUGGCCAGUGGAGUUAUCACUAGAUUGUAAUGUAAACACUGUUUAUUGCAAAAAGCCUGAAGGGAAUGAUUACUCACCAGAACAAAUUCAAUAAGCUGUAGUUGUUUUUGGUGACUACAGUGUUUCUUUAACACCCCACAAACAUGUGUGAUAAAUAUAGGGAUAAGUAAAUCUUAUUAAGUUCCCCUGUAAAAUCAUCGAAGUCCUUUAGAAUCCAGCACAUGGGAUUGAAAAGAAAGAUACAGCACAUACUGUCAAUGUUUAUAUGAAGAUAUUUAUAUAGAGGCAUACCUCUCUAAUACGGGGCGUUGGGUUCCAAACGACCUCUGUAAAACGAAUCUCAGCCUUUGACAUCAUUAUAUGGAUUCAUAUUAAAUGCAUUACAACAUAUAGCACAUAAUUCUAACCUCAAUCUGUUAUCUGUGAUUCAUCAUUUGUGUAUAACGGAAAUAUGCCAUAAAGCAAGGUACACCUGUAUGUGAACUGUGUAGGUAUUGGUGUCUUUUCUAUACAGAGUCUUAUAGCUUUAGAAGACUUAAUUUUGUGCCUAGCUGUUUCUUCAGGAGGUGUUUGUUUUUCAAUAAUUUCCUUAAAGUACCCAAGAGUUAACAGAUCUGUGGUGAUUCUAGUAGGGAUCGACCGAUAUUGAUUUUUUAGAGCCGAUACAGAUACCGAUAAUCUGCGAACUUUCAAGCCGAUAGCCGAUAUCUUGCCGAUAUUCUGUACAUUUACUAUUUUGAAUAAAUAAACUAAUUCGAAAGGUAAAUGCACAAAAUAUACAUGCCACAUGUAGUGGAUGAAGUGUGUUUAGACAGGGGAACUGUGUGUGUAGUGGAUGCAGAGUGUGUGUUUGUGUAGUGUGUGUAUAAUGAAUGUAGUGUGUAUAUAAUGCAGUGUGUUUAUGUAUUGUGUGUGUAUAAUGCAGUGUGUGUAUGUAAUGCAAUGUGUGUUUGUGUAGUGUGUAUGUAAUGCAGUGUGUAUGUAAUGCAGUGUGUAUGUAAUGCGUAUGUAAUGCAGUGUGUGUGUCUGUGUAGUGUGUAUGUAAUGCAGUGUGUGUCUGUGUAGUGUGUGUGUGUCUGUGUAGUGUGUGUGUGUCUGUGUAGUGUGUAUGUAAUGCAGUAUGUGUGCAGUGUGUGUUUGUGUGUGUGUGUUUGUGUAGUGAUGUAAUUUGUGUAAUUUUUUAUUUUAAUUUUUUUUAAAUAUUUAAAUGGGUUUUUUUUUAGUCCCCCCCCGAGUGUGUUUGUGUCGCGUGUGUUUGUGUCGCGUGUGUUUGUGUCGAGUGUGUAUGGUGUGCAGUGUGUGUGUUUGUGUAGAGUGUGUUUGUGUGUGUGUGUAGUGAUGUAAUUUGUGUAAUUUUUUAUUUUAAUAUUUUUUUUAAUAUUUAAAUGUUUUUGUUUAGUUCCCCCCCCGUAGUGUGUGUUUGUGUAGAGUGUGUUUGUGUAGAGUGUAGUGAUGUAAUUUGUGUAAUUUUUUAUUUUAAUAUUUUUUUUAAUAUUUAAAUGUUUGUUUGUUUUUUGUUUAGUCCCCCCUCCCUGCUUCUUACCAGGGAGGGGGAUAUAGUAGUCCCUGGUGGUCCAGUGGCUUGUUAAGUACAGUGGUGGCUCAGCAGCAGCAAGCGCUGACUUACCUUGCAUGCAGCUCCUCCAGCUCCCUGUGUAAAUCUCGCGGCUCUUAGUGCCGCGCGGAGCGUUGCCAUGGUAACCCGUGGCAACGCUCUGCGGCCGCGGGUCUCGCGAGAUUUACACAGGGAGCUGCAUGCAAGGUAAGUCAGCGCUUGCUGCUGGCCCCCACAGGACCGCCGGGCUUGUAAUGGGCCCGGCGGUCCUGUUAUAUAUUAUCGGCAAUAUCGGUAUCUGAAUUGGCCGAUACCGAUAUUGCCGAAAAUACCAAAUAUCGGCCGAUAAUAUCGGCCAGACCGAUAAUCGGUCGAUCCCUAGAUUCUAGGUUUGACAUUCCAUUGGAACUGAAUUGCUUUUUAUUUUUUAUUUAUUUUUCUGUAAAUAAAAUAAUAGAGGUUCUCUGACUGCAAAUUUAUUACACCGCAAGUGGACCUGAAAAUCUUUCAAUUCAAUAAAACAACUUAUUCCAUAAAAAUAAUAUUUAUAUAUGCAAAAAUGUAUAGGUGGUUUGUUUUGGGGUUUUUUUGGGGGGGAUUAAAGCACACAGAUUUGACACUAGCCAGCCUGUAACUUUUUCUAGACUGGCUCAAAAAACAGCCAGAGGUGGUUACACAUAUCUCUAUGUGCACAGUGUUUCAAAGAGAACCACUGUACAUACAGCCUAGAAGUACCACGACCACUUCAAAUCACUGAAGUGGUCAUGGUGCUUGGAGUUGCUUCACUGAUUUAGUAUGAGAUGGAAGGCUAGAUAGCAGUCUGCUAAAAACUUCAAAAUCUGUAGAUUUCUAGCAUAAAGUCUUGAAUGUGAUGACUUUAUUCUAUGCUGGACCAACAACAUUUUCACAGUAGAUUAAUAAGGAAGGUGGAAUACCUUGGUAAAAAUGUAAGAGAAAAGUAUAGAAAAGGAGGAGAUAGAAGACCGGGGGUAAGGGUGCAAUGGGUAAGAAGGCAAAGCAGUAAAACCGUAAUAUCAAGACCUUAUUGGCAAUAUAAUUCCCAGCAUGGUGACCACGGUUUAUGAAAUUAGGUGAUUGUGUUUCUUACAUGUGCAUUAAGUGAUUCUUUUUAAAUUUGGGGAUAACCUUUUUAAUGGGAGGGACCUUAUCCUGCAGCCAAGACUGGGAAAACAUCCUGCUGUCUGCUAGCAUGAUCCUACUCAAGAAUUCUUGCUUAUGGGGGCUGAGGUUAUCAAUUGCUGUAAAUAAUGGCUCGAAUGGAAUUCAUCUGUGUAAAAAUGCAGGAAGUUAGAUUGUGGAUCAAUUAUGAGGCACUUACCAGCAUAUGUAGUGGCUUUGUCCUAUCUCUGCACAGUCUCCAGCAAACCUCUGAAUCCAUUAUCCCCAUGUGCAAUUUUACGGGUGAGAUGUACUAGAUAACUAAAUGAUUGUUCCUGUAGGGUAACAUAUAUGGAGGACUAAGAGUAAGACUCCCAUAUCUUCACCCAGUUCUGUUUUCCACAAGUCUUUAUAUCGAAGUUUCCCCCAUUCAUUUGAGAGUGUAUAUAGAUAAUAUAGUAAUGUGAUCAGACCUUUCUAGGGGGCGACUGCGAGAUAUGACGUCCUAAGACGUAAGAGGUGUUCCAGUCUCCUUUUUGGCUCUUUGGACUAAAGUAGAAUUAGUUAUUGAAAGUAUGCAUUCAGCAUUCAGAGCGUUCAGCAUUGGAAAACAUGAAAACUUUUAGUAAUUGAAAGUCUUCAGAUUGAAGUGCCUCUGGGCUCUGGUGGCUGUCUGGCAUUUUGCCUGACAAAUGUAAACUUUGUCAUUUUUUCACAGAUGCACUGUUUAUGUUUUUCAGAAUGCUGAGACAGGGUUUGCACCAAGACCACUACAUUAAAGGUGCAUUAGACUGACUUUAGUUGGUUUUAAAUAAAUAAAUCUAACUUUUGUUGGAUUUAUUUGUACUAAAGGGACACUCUACUGCUCAAAUACAAAAUAAAUAAAUAUCACUUUUAGUAGAUAUACCCCAAAUGAAAACUAUCAUGCAUUUUUUAACAUUGAGGUAUAUCAAAAACCAGCUUGCAAAAGUUGCAGUUCUGCCUUUGCAAUCCCUCCCCUUCUAACCCCUCCCAGACUUUCUGUAGCUGUCCAAUCACUUCUCAAUGUAGCUUAAUCAGAAGUCUUUGCAAGGCAGGUGCUCUGGGCAAUUGCUGCCUCUUGAGGUGCAUUGAGCUAACGAAACCAGGAAGUAACAUUACCUUUUGUCUGCUUGAAAGCUAAGGAGUUGUAACCAGGUUAAUUUAUAAAAGUGUCGAUUUUCUACUGAAAUCUGCAGUUUUUGCAAAAUGAAAUAAAGAGGACACACUCUUCACACCUAAAGCAUUUUAGCAAGCUAAAGGGUUUUUUGUUUGUUAGGGGUCUGGAGUGUCUUUUUAAAGUGUCUCUGUCACUCUAAAGUUGUGGAAACAGUGUUGAUGGAGUAUGACCAUUUUCAACAUUUAUAAAAGUAAUUGCGGCUCUCCCUCCUUGACCUUCAGUGUGCUGCUAUAGAAUUUUGUGCAGUUUGGCAGUGUGUCACGUGGACAUGCCACAAUGUUAUACAUUCUCCAAGCUGUUUAAAGAUAAAUGUGGAUUCAAGGGCAUACGUGAAAUUGCAAAGCUCCUAAAGCUAUAUCGUCUUCACAUUUCAUUUCAGGCUAAAUAAAGGCCUGUAGAUUUUGCAAGAAUUGUGUUUGCUAAUUUUUAUUUUAUAUUUUGCAAAUAAGCAACAAGAAAAUUAAACAAACUGGUUGUGUUCUUUAUCCAUGUCUGUAUCUGGAAAUGGAUUUUGUUUGGGUUGCCUAGAUUUUAAUGUGUAAAUAGAUCUUUGUGAUGAACGCAGCCUGUCACCCACAAUAGAUCUUGAAACGCAAGGAGUGUAAUGAUUAAUUCAGAUACAAUCAAAGUAAGAAACGAUUGCUUUCUCAGUAGUGUUUGGCAAUUUUCUUUUAGGCAGCCCAUCUGUUUUUGCGGCAAACUGAGGCAAGGUUAAUUAAAGCAUUAUUAUAGAAAGCUGAGGAGAUAAGAUUUGCAAACUUGGUCUCAUGUAGAGCUUAAUUCUAAGAACACAAUGGCAACUCAACUGGUAUGCAAAAAGUUACAUUAACCCAUUUGUUACAGACUAAACUUUUUUAAAAGCAUAGGACAGUGCAAAUGGAGAGGGGGGGAGGGGGGGGGUUGUACAUUGUGAAUUACAAACUUUCACCCAUCAUAUAUGUUGGUGUACACAACCAGUUAGACAGCUGUGAUCGUAACCACGUUCCAGUUCCAAUAAGAAGCAAAGACUCCGUACUAGUACCCAAUUAGGACAGGUACGCUUAAUGAUUUAUUGUACUUUUUUCAAGUAGUUUUUAUGAAUGAAGAGCUACUGAUUGGCUUAGAGAGUUAGUUGAGCACUCUAAGCCAAACAUGUUAAACUCAAAGGCUAGCACGGGCCACAUAAACAAGUUUUAAGUUUAUGUGGGCCGCAAAAAAAAAAAAUAUAAACCUUAAAUUUUCAUAGAAAAGUAGGUUUGUUUUUAAAAGUACCGUGUGUGUGUGUGUGUGUAUGCCUCUGUCAAUAUGUCCAUGAGAGAGUGUGUGUCUGUUUUUCGAUCACAUUAUUGGUGUUUUUACUCACAUUUUUUUUUUCCACGCUGUACUGGUUUAGUCGUGGCUUUUCCCGCCUCCAUAGCUGAGAUCUUAAUGAUCUCAGCUAAGCCAAUGCUUUCCCAUAGGAAAACAUUAUGAGGAUACGCAUGUUCUCUAUGGGUAACAUUCAGCGACUCCAUGCAGAGCACUGACACAGGACUCUCUAGUUGCCGUCUGAGUGACUGUCGCUAGAGGUCUUAGUAGGCAGCAAUGUAAAUGCUGCCUUUUCUGUGAAAAAGUAGUGUUUACAUUGAAAAGGCUACAGGGACAGGCUAUAGGCACCAGAACAACUACAUUAAUCUGUAGUGGUUCUGGUGACUAUAGUGUCCCUUUUAAAAAUAUUUGCUCCAAUCUUUUUUAGCUGGCUCCUAGAUUCCGAACAAAUUUGUCAAGCCCUCGGUUAAACUAUUCACAAACAGUUUAACCUGUAAAGGUAAGGAAACACCAGGGUCCUCCUGGCACCAUAACAAUUUCAUUUUGAAGUUAUUAUGGUGUCGGAGUGUUCCUUUAAAGGGACUCUCAAGUGCCAGGAAAACAAACCCAUUUUCCUGGCACUAGAGAAUCCUGGAGUUAAAUCCCCUUCAGCUACUUACCUGAAUCCAGUGCAAAUGUCCCGCUGGGUCAGGCUCCGCCCAUGCUCCGCUGACGUCGGCAGGGAGAUCUAAUGUGCAUGCGUGGCAAUGGCCGCGCACGCUUUAGACCUCCACAUUGAAUAAUGCUUUCCUAUGGGGAAAAUCUGAUGCUGGAGGUCCGUGAGGACAGCUCACAGCACCCAGACUACUUCAAUUAGCUGAAGUGGUCUGGGUGCCUGGAGUGUCCCUUUAACAUAAAAAGAGCCUGAAAAACAAAAUCAGAAUUAACCCUUUACUUAAUCAUGUCAGUUGCUAAAUAUUUCAUCUAUAUUUAAAAGAACACUCAAAGUACCACAACCACUGUUACAACAUACUGAUUUUGGUUCUAGGAGUGCCCUGGUCAUCCCUCCAUUGUAAAGAGUCAAAUGUUUUAGAACAAUAUGACAUAUUACCAAGGGUGUACCGGAUGCUGCUCUAUAGUCACUAGAACAACUACAACUUAUUGUAUUUGUUCUGGGAAGUCUAAUCAUUCCCUUUAGGCUUUUUGCAGUAAACUUCAGAGAAAAUGCAGUGUUUACAUUACAGUCUAGGGUUACCUCCACUGGCCAUUCCACUAGAGGUGCUUCUUGGGGCAGUGCUGCACAGUGUACAGCAUUGCCAAUCAGUGUCUCCACCCUCUGCAUGGAGACACUGAACUUUCCUCAUAGAGAUACAUUGAUUCAAUGCAUCUCUAUGAGGAGAUGCUGAUUGGCCAGGGCUGUGUUUGACAUUUGCUGGCGCUGCCACUGAUCUGCCUCCUUGACAGUCCAAUCAUAUGAGAAAGCAUUGUGAUUGGCUCACAGAAUAAUUUCUUAUGAUGUCAGCAAAGCAGGCAGAUCAGAGCCAGCAGCUGCAAUCUUGAAUGCAAGUAACAUUUUACUAUGUUUAGGGAGGCUUGGGAUGGCUAGAUGGUGGUAUUACCACUAUAGGGUCCAGUAAAUUUCUAAAUAAAUAAGUAACCAUUUUAAAUGUGAACAAUGGUAAAGAUUUGUAUUUUAAAGGAGAUGCCACUUCAUGGCAUUUUAGUAGUGUGGUUAAUUAUCAAUAUAUUUCACAACCAUAUUUUUGUAUUCCUGAACCCAUAGUAUUCCUUUAAUGUGAUUUCGAAAUAAAUGACAGCUCCCCUUUUAAAAGUAAACUAUAGCAUUAAAAAAAGCAUUAUAAAAGUAAUGCAGGAAAAAUGCAUACUUUUAUAGGUCCCCUGUAAUUGGCCCUUUUAUACUUUAACCUUGUUACACCCCCUGGCUGUCAAUCAGACAACCAGUCCUGUUACUUCCUGAUAGUUUAUCUAACUCUAGAGGGGUUUAUGCGAUAUGUAGGUCAGCACUUGGAAGCCAUUCAAUGCAGCUCUUAAAUGCUUUUUGGCAACUCUUAAAACUAUUAGAAACCCUGUUUGUGUCAGUAGCAAAAGCACACUUAGGAGGAUGCUGUAUUUUCCAUCUACCCAUAUGUUAUGUCUUUCACUGAAGGGUACUGGAGUUAUAGUUCCAGCCUGAGGGGCCCACCUCCAUAUUGACAUUAUCCUUAAAUCUUUGCUGAGAGUCCAGAACAGACUCAUGUCCCGUACAAGAACACAAUGAUCUAAUUAAUUGUGCUUGGAGUGUUCCUUCUGAUAAAUGAUUCAGUCUAGCAUGAUGGCGAUCAGUCUACUAGUUUUGGACAUGGACAAAUUUACAUCAUUGAAGAAACAAUGAAGUCUGUUUGCUGUUACUGCUGCUACAUGCAGUAUGACUAGUUUUUAUAUCUAAUAGGAGAGAUUGCUUUUUAUAAUGGUGUGAGAGUAUUGUUUGUUCAUUACAAUUCCCCUUAAUAUAAAUUUGUGCUUUACUGAAAAUCUAAUAUUCGUUGCUAGAAUAGACUACAAUGCAGAAAAUCAGUCAAAUAACAUUAUAUCUCGGUAAUAAACACUUGAUGCUUACUCCGAUCAUCAUAAAUCAUACUGCUCACUGAUGAUGUGGAGUGUAACUCUGCCUGGUUACCCUGUAAUAGGGCAAACCGUUUAGCAAUGGUUUACCUACUUACCUGGGUCCCCACCGGGCUCGGACACUCUCUGGCGGUCCAGUGAUGUACUCCUGGUUCCUGCAAUAUAUCAAUUUUAAAGGUGAACAAUGGUAAAGAUUUGUGUUUUAAAGGGGAUGCCACUUCCUGGCUUUUUAAUAUUGUGGUUAAUUAUCAAUAUAUUUCAAAACUAUGUAUUUAAUAAAAUUUAAAUGUAGAAAUCUAUACCUCUUUAGCCUGAAACCGGGCAGUCGUUGUUAUAAGCUCUGUCUUUUGCACUUGGCAGUUAGCAUUGAGAACACAUAUAGAGAAUACGGCAUGCUUUUUAUUUUAAUUUCUAUACUCCUCUCGGAUUAAUUUUUAUUUUUGUUUUUAUAUACAGUGGGAUCUCUGUUUACGAAUUUAAUGCGUUCUCCGGGACGUUUAUUAUUGUGAAACAUUUGUAAACUGAAACGCAGUUUCCCAAAGGAAUGCAUUGAAAACCAAUUAAUCCAUUCUGGAGGUCAGAAAAAAGUCAAAAUGAGCUGGAAUGGAAACCAACCCACAAUGCAGAACACACAGUAAAAGUCAUGCAAACGAUGAAGAUCAGCUUCCUACCUUUACACAGCUUGAGAAAUGCACCAAAAAGUCCCAAAACAACUGAAAACAAUUUCCAUAAUGGCUCCAAAACCCAAAGCAAAAGCCUCUCCAACACCUCCACACCUUAACACCCCUUCAGCAGCUUACCUUAUUCCAGGGCUGGGCUUCCUUGGCGCUGGUGACCUCUCACCCCCUCCCCGCCGACAUCAAUUUCUCAAUGCUUUUCUAUGGACGCUCUGCGUGAUGGAGGCAUAAUUUGCCUCCAGCGUCGCAGUUGCGCCUCUAGUGGCUGUGCGGAAGACAGCCUUUAGAGGCUGGCUUAACCCCAAAUGUAAACAUAGCAAACUGCUAUGUUUACAUCUGAAGGGUUAAAACCUGAGGGACAUUGCACCCAGACCACUUCAUUGAGCUGAAGUGGUCUGGGUGACUAUAGUGUCCCUUUAAGGUUUGAGACUUUUUUUGUUUUUAUUGUGUAUUAAUGCUUGUAAUUCAUGUGUAUAUGACUUUCCUAAUACAGGAUUUGAUCAUUGAUUUUAAUGAUUUGUUUUUCUUUGUAGCCUGGAAGAGUUGUCACACUUGUUGAAGACCCAGAGGUAAAUAUAUUCUACAAUGUUCAAUAGAAAUGCAAAAUGGUAACAAACACUCUGAGUGAUCAGGUAAUCCUAAAAUUGAGUGAAUAACACAGGCUGGACCUCUUCAUUGACCUUGUGCUACUGUAUACUCAAAACUGUAUGCAAGUAUUUUACAUUUUUGAUAAAUGAAGUGCUACGGGCAGCUCACGUGAAUUUGUACCAUCAACCUGCUAGCCCUACACUUAUCUCCGCUCACUCCAAUCACAAACACAAGCUGUUUAUUCAACUUGUAUUCAUGUUGCCUUCCUUGGGACAUGUAACUUUCCUUUUUGUAACUCUUCUGCCCAGGUCAAGAAUUGUGUAAAAGACCAGUAGAUCUUCUAAUGCCGGCAUAACUGGUUCCUUCUGUGGCAAAUGACUUUUAAGACCUACUCACUUACCAAGGGAGGACCAUUAUCCUUAUAACACUGCCCACUUUUCUAAUUCUGCUAACUUGUGGUUCUAUCACCAAGUGAUUCACCACUAUCACUAGAAUUGAGAACUAAUUCACAUUUUCUUUGUACUCCAGCUUCUAUCUUUUUCUCAGCCACCAUUUAUCCUGUUGGCAUGCUUAAGUGUGCAUGUUUCUGAAUGACACAGCACUAGAUGUAGCUGCAUGCAGUGGUAAAAACUUUUUUGCACUUUUGCCUCUUUAAAUCAUUAUGGAGACUUAAUCAUACCUCCCAAGUGUCUCUAUCGGGGGCAGUCCCUAUUUUGGGCCCAAAUCAAUCUGUCCCUAUUUUCUUGGAGCUCCAUAUUUUUAGUGUGUGUUAGUGUAUACCAGAACUCCACAGAAAUAAUACUCACAGUAAUGUAUCUUUAAACUAUAAUAAAUGUGUUUAGAAAUGAUUCUCUGUAAAUAAAACCUGUUGUUCUAAAUGACAGUUUAGUUGUCAAAAUUGUUGUUAAGUCACCAAAAAUGUAUCGCUACACGCCCACUCACACCCCUAGAAUUGUGUCCCUCCUUGUCCAUUUCAAAUGUUGGGGUGUUUGUUAAUUUAACUCUGCAAAACCUAGCUUUAUUUUACCAAUUGGUAAAAGCAACAUAAUAAUCUGACAAUGAUUUAUGAGAUAGUUUUAGGUAUUCUUUGUGAUUCUAUUGUAAUAUUGGUCACUCCCUAGAUUGCCGUGGUUUCCAAAAGGUCUUCCUUAUUGAUCUGUGACUUGACAAAACUACAGUUCAAGUGACAAAGAAAAGUGGAAUUAUGUGUUUUAUAAAAAGCUUAAAAAACACAACAUAGGAGACUCUGACAUAGCCAGAGAUUUCAGAAUGCCAGUUUAACAUAGUUGAUCUAAAGCCACACGUUGCUCUGUAGUUGAUAAACACAUAAAAUGCAGUCCAAGUUAUUUGUUUUCACUGGUUGUUCUGACAUUUUCUGGUAAGUGUGCUAUACAGUUCGUUACAGUUGUCCUUAUCAAACCAUUAUCCUGGCCCUGUGUUCAGUGGGCUUUUUUUUCAUUUACUUCUUUUGUCAAAUUUAAGCCUCAAUUGUAACUGCAAGAGCCAGUUUCAGGCAGCAAACUGGUGCAUGUAUUUGUUUUCGUUUUGUUAUUUAAUAUUGAAUAUAUUUUAAUGGAUGUGGGGUAUAAUUGGACAGCAAUGUUUUAUAGUUAUGGGAAAUGAUUUUUGUGUUUAUUGUUAUUCUAACAAACAAUCGUGGUGUGUAUCUGGCUUGUAUUUCUUUGAGUGGUGUAAAAAAUAACUGAACAUUUUUCAUGCCACAAAGCUGAACACGUUAAGUCUGUGCCCUCAGUAUCUUGUUUUAUCAUUGCCUUCGUCCCUUUAAAGGGACACCGUGGGCACUGUAUCUGCCUCAUCUCAUUAAACUGGUUAUAGUGUCUGGAGUCCUCUGGUACCAUCAUUUCUUUCAGCAUUAAACAGUUUUUAAAGUUUUAAUGCUAUAAUGCUAAACAAGAGUCCCAGGCAAUCCAUCCCCUCUGUGCUGCUUUGGCUAAUAAGGAAGUGUUAGCCUGAGCAGCAAUAGGCAGCUGUGAUUGGCUGAAUGUGUCAGCUGACUGCUUUUAGCCUGUCAGAGUUCCAAAUGACGGUAUGAAUGGGUAUGACAACAAGGAAGUGUGUAAUCUCUGCCUUAGCUACACAUACUGAAGGGGCCAGACUGUGGGUGGCAAGAGACUCUUAUUUUGUGGCAUACUGCACAAACAUGGUGCAACACUGAAUGGAGGGACAGUGCCAGGGCACUCCAGGCACUAUAACCAAUUCAAAGAGAUGAAAUGCUUAUAGUGACUACAGUGUCCCUUUAAGUAUACUGUCUGCUACAGAGAGGUUUUUUGUGAAUAUUUUCAUUGCCUGCUGUAGAACUGCAGGGCUUAUAAAAUUCCAAUGGAAUGCUAAAUCAUGGCCAGUGUAAUACAUACAACAUUAGGUCAAAGUCAGCUAUGUUGUUAGUUUGGCUACUCUGACCUUCAUUGUGAAAGUCACUUUGCAUUUUCACGUUAGUAAAAAAUAACCCUGAUAAUAUUUCUCUGAUAUUGCUCUUUGAGGAGGCAACAUUGUGAAUGUAUUUAAAUAAAUGUGUUGAGGACAAGGCAUACCUGCGUUGAGGACAAGGCAUACCUGCGUGUUUCACUGCUUUCAUGCAUUAUUUUACCAUAAAUAUUUGGAUGGUAACACACAUUUUGGAUCUUUGUUACAUUGGAUUAAAUUGAAUAAAGUGCAGGCUGUCUUUAUGCUGUAUGAACCAUGUAGGAAUUCUAGCCCUUUUUAUACAUUCUCUCCAUUUGUAGGGGUCCCAAAGGUAGUUUGCCAAAUUGACAUUAAAGGACCACUCUAGGCACCCAGACCACUUCAGCUUAAUGAAGUGGUCUGGGUGCCAGGUCCUUCUAGGGUUAACCCAUUUUUUUAUAAACAUAACAGAGAAACUGCUAUGUUUAUCAAUGGGUUAAGCCUUCCCCCAUUGCCUCUAGUGGCUGUCCCAUUGACAGCCACUAGAGGCGCUUGCGUGCUUCUCACCGUGAUUUUCACAGUGAGAGCACGCAAGCGUCCAUAGGAAAGCAUUGUAAAUGCUUUCCUAUGCGACGGGCUGAAUGCGCGCGCAGCUCUUGCCGCGCGUGCGCAUUCAGCCCAGGAGGAGGAGAGGAGGCAGAGAGCUCCCCGCCCAGCGCUGGAAAAAGGUAAGUUUUAACCCCUUUCCAGAGCCGGGCGGGAGGGGGACUCUGAGGGUGGGGGCACCCUCAGGGCACUAUAGUGCCAGGAAAAAGAGUAUGUUUUCCUGGCACUAUAGUGGUCCUUUAACCUUAACAAAAUCAUGGCGCUGUAUUUGCUUGCAACUUUGUUGCAUUUAACGAUCUCUUAAAAAAAAAAAAAAAACCUUAUUCGAGGCUUGGUAUGUUCUUUCCUAUUCGUGUUUUGUAGCCACCAUCAUUGGUUUCUGUGUUCUUCUAUUCAGUCUUGUCUUCAGAAAGUGAAACAAAAUGUUAAUUCAGGUAGAUAGGCUUUGGUAGUCAAGAAUGUGCCACUCUAUAUUGUGCAGAAAUGUCUUCUUUUAUAUUUAUCUUUAGCAGUGAUUUGGGGUUUUAUUGCCCGUAAAAUUUUUAAUAUCUUCAUAUCUGCUGUAAAGCAAUUAAUCGGCUCGGGAAAGAUGUUUCUGUAGAUUUUGAAUUUUAUUCUACCACUUCUUUAAUCUGUCGUCUAUAAGACAGGUGAGCAGGUACUUGUGCAGUCAUUAAUACCCUGCACACUACAUUUCAGAGGGUGUAUGCAUUUGUUGUGUGCAGAGACUUAUAAAUAUACUUUUAUAUUUUGUCUCCUAUGAUCCAGAACUUCUUAUGUUGUAUGAACUUUCAUCAAACUGUAACCCAACAAUUUUGUUCUUGGGUCUAAAUGUUUGAAGUAAUCUGAGGAUAUCUGCUAUAGUCAAGUUUUAUGGUACAUGGUUUUGUUUCUUCUCAGUUGCAAGUCUUGCCCUCCCAAACACAGGUUUUCCUUGAUUGUUGACUUACUUGACUGACUGACUGCUGCUCUGGUCAUGAGUAAAACAAUAAACUGAUGAUACCACUAGAACGACCUCCAGACCAUGUGUUAGCAAGUUCCUGACCUUGUCUGACUCUGCUCUCUUGUGAAAAAACAUUUUUCAAUAAAAUUAGGGGAUAAAGGUUUUAAAAGAUUCAUAGAUAUAAAUUUACAAAGCAAAAAACAAAACCUGUCACUGUCCAAACAAUAUGACGCACAGAUGCAUUAUAUAUUGCCUUAUUAUAUGUGUAAUUGUCUGGUUUUUUUUGUUUUUUUUUUCCCUCAACAGGGCUGUGUGUGGGGUGUUGCUUACAGAUUGCCAGAGGGAAAAGAAGACGAAGUGAAGGCUUACCUUGAUUUUAGAGAGAAAGGGGGCUACCGGACUACAACCGUUGUCUUUUAUCCCAAAGAUCCCUCAAUAAAACCAUUUAAUGUACUUCUGUAUAUCGGAACAUGUGAUAACCCCAACUACCUCGGUCCAGCUCCUUUAGAAGACAUUGCAGAGCAGAUUUUUAAUGCAGUUGGGCCCAGCGGAAAAAACACUGAAUACCUGUUUGAACUUGCAAAUUCACUCAGGGAUCUGGUUCCAGAAGAUGCAGAUGAGCAUCUGUUUUCUUUAGAAAAGUUAGUGAGAGAGCUUUUGGAAAGACAUCAAAAUUGUAUAUAAACUACCAUGGCAGAUUUGUUAAUUUAACAGCAAAGCAUCUGGCACUGCAAUGCCCCAAAUAUCUUUUAUUCAUACAAAUUACAGAAUCUGUGUUACAUUAUUAUUUUAAAAUGUAAUUUUAUGUGCAAAUGCAAAACAUCCCUGUAUUUAUUCUCAGUUUUACGAUUCAGAUAUUCUUUUGCAAAGUACUUCUGUUUACCUAGAAGUAGAUAAAAUCAUUUUUAUUUUAUUUUUGGCAAGUAUGAAAUGUAACGUAUCUGCAGGAACGGGGAAAAGUAUAUGCAAAAUAGAACAUUUCCUUAUGAGAAAAUGUGCCACGUUCUCAUGUCUGCAAGUGCAGUGUUCUGUUCCAAAUUCUCAGAGGUAUUUGUCAUACAUAAUAUGCUAUUAUUCUCUAAAAAAAAGUAUACAAAAAUAAACGGCAUAGGCACACAGGAGGAACAGCAGGGGACGUUAACAAUAAAGUACGCCUUACAGUUUAUUUAAAGAGUGCAGAAUUCAUAAAAACACAGUAGUAAUCAAAACCUGCUUAUGACUAAAUGUAUGUUUGCAUGAAACGUAUAAAGAGGUUUACUGCCAAAUCCCUUGAUGUUUUAAUGCACUCUGCACUUUUUUUGAAUAAACUGUGGGGAUUACUUUAUUGGAUACAUCGCUUGCUGUUCUCUCUGUGUACCCCUGUCAUUUACUUUAUUUUAUAUUUGGUGCGGACUCCAGCGUAUAGGAGCGCUGGGAUUAGGUGAGAUCCAGCAAGCUAUCGGUGGUUAGAUAUAUGAGAAAGGGUAUCUGCAUAUUUUUGGUCAAAACAGCCAAUCUGGGAAAUAAUUUUUUUUUAAAUAUACAUUUAAACUUUUUACCUGGAAAAGAAAUUGCAAUUAACAAAUCUGCUUUUAGUGUUUUGGUCAUAUGAAUUUAGCUUACAUAUUCAGUUAUCAUCCAGCAGCACCAAAUGCUGUGUUUUUUGAAAGCCAGAGACCUAACCUUGAUAUACAGAGCAUGAAUAAAGUAUCACAAAUACGUUAACAAGGUAGCCAUCUUGUCCUUCUGGCAGGCUCCAGCUCAGGUAGUUUGCGAACUGUUACCUCGGUUAAACAUAAUUCAUUUUUGUUUGCUUGUACAGUAUUGUUGAUCUAAGCAGAUUCUGCAGCCUUGCCAUUCAUACCUCUCUUUAGAGGCAGUGUCAUAACAAAAGCCGACAUUGGCAGGGCUGUUUUUCUGAUGAUAUGUCCAAAUUCUGCUAAUGCGUAUGUAACAAACAGAGAUGUUCUGAAACCUUGUCCACUGUUAUUUUUGUUUUAUUUUUUUUUUUAAACCUCAUCAAGACUCACUCACAGUUUGUCUUCUCUUUUAGGGUUUAACAUUAUAUAUUAACAGGCUAUUGUGUAUAUAAAGAUUCCAUUUGACUCAAGCAAUUCUUUGGCAGAAACCCCUUUAAACCGACAACCCUUUGUAUUGGUUUUAGCCCUUACAUCGAAAUAACUAAUUUCUUUUACAGUCUUACUAAUGAACGAUUAUAUUUAACGGACCUCUUCAUCUCAAUGCCCUGUCAGUUUACUCCUGCAAUGUAAAACAUAGCAAUUUUGUAGUAGCUGCAAUGUUUACAUGGCAGAGUUAAAUACACUUCCAAUGACUGUCUUCCCGACAACCAUUAGACACCCUUCCUCCUUCAGAAGCAAGUAAAACUUUGUCUUGGAAUCAAAUGCUGCUGAUAGCAGCAUUCAAUUGGAGGAGCAUAGCGUUUGACCGCGCAUGCCUAGUUCCAAUCCAUUACUUCACUAUGAGAAGCAUGGGAUUGGAGAAAGCCACGGGUGAUGUCAGCAUCUGAGCAAACCUCAUUGGACGAAAUGCUUGAGGCUGCAGUGAAGGAAUCCUGGCGUAGAUCAGGAGGUGAGCAAUCGGUUAAUUUAUAUAGAUUUUUUUUUUAUUUAUUUUUAAUGCCAAGCUGGGUGGACAGAAGGGAUCCUAUAGUCCAAAAAUAACAAUUAUUUUCAGGACUAUAAGUAAACUUGAAUUUUUUUCAUACAUAUAUAAUGUAUGUAUAAUUGGUGACAUUGCUGCUAACAAUAGCAAUAUUUAUAAAUAAAAUAACUUAUUUAAUAGGUGCAUAUGAGACUUUACUAAAAAGUCUUUGUUUCUUAUUUUGUGUUUAUUUCCACUCAACGUUAUUAUAUGUACUAAAAGGGUACGUAGGUUAAAUAUUAAAUGUAUAUUAAUGUUGCAGAACCACAUCUCAUGAAACUCCUGUAAUAAUUAUUAUAUUAUCUUAUUAAAAGGUUUUAGUUUUUUUCCGAAUUUCAUUACGCAUUUACUUUACCUCUUUACUCAUUAUCCAUUCUGGCAACUGUACCGUGCCUCUUGUUUGUUUUUUGUUUUUUUUUUUGUUUUUUAAAUACUUGUGCACCUGUGAUUUACAGGAUUACAGGCCAUCAAUAUUUCAUCGGUUAUUGCUGUUUUUAAGGUCAGAUUGGUUUGUUUUCAAAGGCUUUUAAUGCAAAUUAAGCUACUGCCAAAUUCCGAGCCAGG